AUGAAGAACGACGACGAGAAGGUAGUGUUGAACGUGUAUCGACACGACCACGCGAAUGAGAACGUCGUGGCGAGCGCGUGGCACCACGACCUCGAGAACGCGAGUUGUGUUGCCAGCGUGAAGCGCCACGAUUAA